AUGAGUAGACAUCAAAACAGUUCACUAUGCAGCCUAGCUCAAUUUCUCUUGUUUCUUUUAGGGAUCUGUAAGACAGUAGUUCUUACCCAGAAUGCAACAAAUAACACAUACACAAUUAGCCGUCAUUCUUCUUUCGCCUUUUCUAACGGCCUUAGCAGUAUUGCUAUUGUUUGCCCGGGCAGUUCAGAUACCUAUAUUAGUAUAGCGUUUAGAAAACGGUUCUAUGCUAACAUAUCUCAGUACAAGUACCUCGGUAUCAUGUUAGAAGAGAUUCUCAAAUGCAAGAUAAGUCUAGAAACCAGCCGCAGUGAAUAUAGCAGUUUCAUGGCCCAGCCCGAGGGGCCCUAUACUAUCAAACAUGGGGGUUAUUUCAUUACGAUUAACUUUUCACUAACGGAUCCAGGAUGUUUGGCUCCUUUACAACUCUUACAAUCUAUUAUUACUACACCACUCAGCCUAGAAGUGUUUGCUGAAGCCAAAACAAAGUAUCAGUCAUCGCCUACCCAUAAUGGAUCCACAUCUAAUAUAUCUGACGACUCAGUCAUGCGUGAAUGGAACGCAACAUUCUGCUUCCCAAAUACCCGAAUCGCAAUUGUUGCGCCUGAGGAGCCAUCGGAUAUAGUGGCUUAUUUAUUCCGUCAAUACCACCACAACCAGCACUACAGUCAACAACAGAUAACCAAACGUCAUGAAGGAGUUGUGUCUAAUACACACAUGCAUACCUUUUUGUUUAAUUCUCCCCAACUCCUUAUAUCUCGUAAAUCCAUCGAUAACGUAUCAAACAUGACCAUUUUUAUCCCAUUGUUCAACAGCAUCAUAGUAUACAACAAACAGAUCCUUAUCUUCUUAUACCAAUUAUUCAAUACGUGCUAUGAAGUCUUCAAACAGGAAGUGCUCACUCCUACAAAAGAAUUCCCCACUAUUAAAACAUCACUAGUUCCCUUAGAAGCCGCAUUCUGCAUCCGCGUUGACGUACAAAUAAGCGCGCAAGACCCAUUAAGAUUCAAACAAAUUAUAGAUCUGAUAAAAAUGUUCUUCUGUAGUAUCAAAAGAGUCUAUCAGAAUAGAGACUCUAAACUAAUUCAGAUCUAUAACAAGAAAUUUGGUGAGUCUUCCAGCAUUGGCAUGCUACUGAACCAAAGAAACCUUGCGUACGCAGCCGCAAUCCAACUUUUCCUUGCUCAACCGAGCGAUAUAAGUGCUUUCUUCGCUACCACACAACCAAGCCCAAUUAAUAACAUUCAAAUGAACUAUCUACUUAUCGCUGCAUGCAACCGACGUAACUGGUAUAUUAAAAUCGACAUCCACGACCGUCAUUUCACAGAGACGCAAAAACGCGCUGAUCGCGUGCCAAGCAUCAAAAAGAUGCUAGCACCUAUGAGCGGCAAGUUUCUCAAAGACGUCAAACCCGCCCUCGAAGAGAUCUUCCAGCAAAACAGCACUGGGCAUAGUCAACCACCCCCAAUAAUCCAAGUCGAUCUUGAUGACCAAAUUAAUCCUGAUGAUCAAACUGACCUUGAGAGUCAAAUUACUCUUGAUGACCAAAAUGAUUCCGAAUACCAAGCCUAUCUUGAGAGUCAGAUUACUCUCGAAGACCAAGCCGACUCAGAAGCCCAAACCGAACUUGAGAGUCAAAUUAAUCCUGAUGACCAAGUCGAUCCAGAAGACCAAACUGAUCUUGAGAAUCAGAUUAAACUCGAAUACCAAAAUGAUUCCGAAUAUCAAGCCUAUCUUGAGAGUCAGAUUACUCUCGAAAACCAAGCCGACUCAGAAGCCCAAACCGAACUUGAGAGUCAAAUUACUCUUGAUGGCCAAAUCGAUCCAGAAAGUCAAACUGAUCUUGAGAAUCAGAUUAAACUCGAAUACCAAGUCGACUCAGAAGACCACGCUGAUCUUGACAAUCAAAUUACUCUUGAUGACCAAGUCGACUCAGAAGACCACGCUGAUCUUGACAAUCAAACCAAUCUCGAAUACCAAAAUGAUUCCGAAUACCAAGCCUAUCUCAAAUACCAAGCCUAUCUUGAGAGUCAAACCAAUCUUGAAUACCAAAACGAUUCCGAAUACCAAACCCGCCUCAAACAGCAAGCUUAUCUCGAAUACCAAUCCUAUCUCGAAUACCAAGCCUAUCUUGAGAGUCAAAUUAAUCUUGAAGAUCAAACAGAUUCCGAUAGCUCUCCAAUAACAAUUAGCCCAUCACAACCAAGAAUGUCUCAACCGAGCCCAGGAUCGACCACAAAACGAAAAUCACCCCGCUCUACCGGCAAACAUAUACCAGGCCGACUUCCUAAGAAGCUUCGUCUUUGCAACCCUGCCGCGUAA